GUGACCAUCACUCGCUGACUCUUUUCAACCAACCACAAAGAUAUUGGUACCCUUUACUUGAUUUUUGGUGCCUGAGCCGGAAUAGUAGGAACCGCACUAAGCCUAUUGAUUCGCGCAGAGCUCGGUCAACCCGGAGCCCUGAUAGGAGACGAUCAAAUUUAUAAUGUGAUUGUUACUGCCCAUGCAUUUGUAAUAAUUUUCUUUAUAGUGAUACCAAUUAUAAUUGGGGGAUUUGGCAACUGACUUGUACCAUUAAUAAUUGGAGCCCCUGACAUAGCCUUCCCUCGCAUAAAUAACAUAAGCUUCUGACUCCUUCCUCCAUCCCUUCUUCUUCUACUCACGUCCUCCGCGGUAGAAGCCGGGGUCGGGACAGGAUGAACUGUAUACCCUCCACUAGCUGGAAAUCUAGCACACGCAGGGGCAUCAGUUGAUUUAGCCAUUUUUUCACUUCAUUUAGCCGGGGUCUCCUCAAUCCUUGGGGCCAUUAACUUUAUUACUACAAUUAUUAACAUAAAACCACCAUCCACCUCACAAUAUCAAACCCCAUUAUUUGUGUGAUCAGUAUUAAUUACCGCAGUACUCCUGCUACUAUCCCUUCCAGUACUAGCUGCAGGCAUUACAAUACUCCUAACAGAUCGAAAUCUUAAUACCACUUUCUUCGACCCCGCAGGCGGCGGAGACCCAAUCCUUUAUCAACACCUGUUCUGAUUCUUCGGCCACCCAGAAGUAUAUAUUCUUAUUCUCCCAGGCUUCGGCAUAAUCUCUCACAUUGUAGCCUAUUAUUCAGGUAAAAACGAACCCUUCGGCUACAUAGGAAUGGUGUGAGCAAUAAUAGCAAUUGGCCUUUUAGGAUUUAUUGUGUGAGCCCAUCAUAUAUUCACAGUUGGUAUAGAUGUAGAUACCCGAGCUUACUUUACAUCCGCUACUAUAAUUAUUGCCAUCCCCACAGGGGUUAAAGUAUUUAGCUGACUCGCCACAUUGCACGGAGGUGCAAUUAAAUGAGAAACUCCUAUACUAUGAGCCCUGGGGUUCAUUUUCCUAUUUACGGUCGGAGGAUUAACCGGUAUUAUCCUAGCUAAUUCAUCACUAGAUAUUAUACUACACGAUACAUAUUAUGUAGUUGCACACUUCCAUUAUGUUUUAUCUAUAGGAGCUGUCUUUGCCAUUAUAGGCGGCUUCGUCCACUGAUUCCCCUUAUUCUCCGGUUAUACACUUCAUUCUACCUGAACUAAAAUUCACUUCGGCGUAAUGUUUAUUGGGGUAAAUUUAACAUUCUUCCCACAACAUUUCUUAGGGUUAGCCGGAAUACCACGACGGUAUUCAGAUUACCCAGAUGCCUAUACCCUAUGAAACUCUCUAUCCUCUAUCGGAUCUAUAAUUUCUCUCACCGCUGUCAUUAUGUUCCUGUUUAUUCUCUGAGAAGCAUUUGCAGCCAAACGAGAGGUUCAAACAGUAGAAUUAACUUACACCAACGUUGAGUGAUUACACGGCUGCCCCCCUCCAUAUCACACAUACGAAGAACCAGCAUUUGUCCAAUCCCCCCAGGCUCGAGAAAGG